AAAUUCAAUAAUAAAAUUGGUGGAUUGAGAUUUUAUGAGUGGAGAAAUUAGAGAAGUAUCAAGAGCGGUGGUAAAAACCCAGAAAAUUCCAAUUUUAGAGUUAAAAUUUUCUCGAGAAAAUUUAACUAAGAAAUUUUUUUAAAGCCCGAAUUUUAUUUUCUGAGAAACGAGCCAAACAAAACCAAACUAAGAGGGAGUAGAAGGAAGAGGAGGAGGAGAAGAACAGCGAAAGAGGGUAAAUUGUUCGAUUCCUUUGAAACCCUAGCUUUGCAUAGAAUUUUGCUGUUGGACAAUGUAGAAAAGGGGUUUAAUUGGGUUUCUUCUUUGUUUGUCUUCGUUUUCUGUGUCAAUUAUUGGUGAGUUGUACUUUUGUUUCGAGUUUGUUGUGAGAAUUUUGAAUUUAAUGUCGGGUUUUGGGGGGGCAAUUCGGGUUUUUAAUUGUAGCUUGGGUUGAAAAUUUUCGUGUUUAUGGUUGGCUUAUUGAGUUAGAUUUUGGGGUUUGCGUGAAUUUGUGGUGUUUUUGAUGAGUUAAUUUAUUUGAAUUUUGGGGUUUAAUUGAUUUGGGUUACGAUAAUUUUAUUAUGGGUCAGUUGGUUCUGUAACGUUUAUGAUGUUGUUGAAGUUGGAAACUUGGGAAUUGGGAUGCGAUUUGGGAGUUGAAGUUAGCAAAAGCUUCCUGAUGUUACGAAAUUCAAAGAGUGAGCAAUUGGAUAUCGGGGAUUCUGUGCACUUGGUGGCGUCAUGACGUCUUCUGUGCAUGAACUUUCUGACAACUGUGAGGCUGAAGAGCAGCAAAACCACUCAGAUUCUCAGAACCAGUCUUCUUCUCCUGCACCUGGAAUGCCUAAUACUGUAAUGUCAGCUCCAAAUGUUCAGUAUGCAACUAGUCCGCAAUUUGGAGCAGGACAUGCAGUGGCACCGGCGGCAGCUUAUCCGUAUCCAGAUCCUUACUACCGAAGCAUCUUUGCUCCCUAUGAUGCACAACCUUAUCCUCCACAGCCUUAUGGGGGACAACCAAUGGUCCAUCUUCAGUUAAUGGGGAUACAGCAAGCUGGUCUUCCAUUGCCAUCAGAUGCCGUUGAGGAACCUGUGUUUGUGAAUGCAAAACAAUAUCAUGGCAUCUUGCGACGCCGACAAUCUCGUGCAAAAGCAGAAUCAGAAAAUAAAGUUAUCAAGUCUAGGAAGCCAUACUUGCAUGAAUCUCGACAUUUGCAUGCGUUAAGAAGAGCUAGAGGAUGUGGAGGCAGGUUCCUUAAUGCGAAGAAAAACGAAAAGCAUCAAGAUGAAGAAGAUACACAGGUUGACAAAUCACAGUCUCACAUCAAUUUGAACUCAGAUAAAAACGAACGAGCCCCUGCAGAUGGCACAACUUGAAUAAUCUGGAAGAAUCAUUCAAAGGGGUCUCACAAAAAUCAGUUAGUCAUAAUCAAAUGCUAGGAAAACUAAGAUCCGCUGGUGGGUUCGUUGGCUAGUUGGUAGCUGAUGUUCGUGCAUCAUGACGGGGUCUAUACUUCGACCGAGUAGUGUGAAUAGGUUUUUUCAAGUGGUAAAUUUGUAGGAAAUGUUACAAAGAUGAAGCAGUGAAGUCUUUUUGAAAAGCACGUGAUAGUUUCCUUUUCUCCAUGAGGAGAUUACUACUUCAUUUUGGCCUUUGCUUAAUGAGGUUGGAAACUUGUUUUCCUUAACAAAACUCAAAAAGAGAGUCGUUGUAGUUUGGUUUGAUUAUGUGUCAUUAGUUUUAGAAGAUAAUCAGAUUUAGAUGCUGUGAGAUGUGGUAUUAGUUUCAUUCCAUUAUUGUCAAUUGAGGAAUAAAAGGUGAGUGGUGUUGGCUUGAAAAAAAAA